GCGUGAUUGGCGAGGGCAGGGCGCCAACAGCUAUUUUUGCUACGUUAUUUCGGUGGCGCGGGCGGUUGGUUCGUCGCAGAGCCUCGGGCGCCGCCAGAGUGGUGACAGGUUGGCCGGCUCUCUCUCCUGCUCGUACUCUCCAUCUCUUCGAAGACAGUAUAUAACACACCAGCACCAUGUCUGACGACGAAUCAGCAUAUUCGGAUGCCGAAGCUUCCGAUGAGGGAGGAUAUGAAGAGGAACAGCAGACUCAGCAAGUGCGAGAGGAAGUGAAAGAGAAAGUAAAGGAAGAUACGGAGGACGAGGAGAGGAGGAAGAAGGGAGAUGAGGGGGCCAACUUCCUUAAGAACCGCCAGCAGAUGAAGAUGUCUGAGCUGGACGAACAGCUGGCAGAAUACAUCGCUGAGUGGAGGAAGCAGAGAUCCAAGGAGGAGGAUGAGCUCAGGAAACUCAAGGAGAAGCAGGCAAAGAGGAAGAUCCUCCGCGCUGAAGAGGAGAAGAAGCUGACCGAGCAGAAGAAGGCCGAGGAGGAGCGCAAGCUUCGCGAGGAAUCCGAGAGGAAGCAGAAGGAACAGGAAGAGAAGAGGAAACGCCUCGAGGAAGCCGAGAAGAAGCGCCAGGCCAUGAUGAAGGGAUCCAGCGAGGAUGGCGUCAAGAAGUUCGGCGUCAAGAGCGGUGGUGACAAGUUCUCCAACAUCCAGGCGGCCAAGGGCGAGCUGGGCAAGACCCGCGAGCAGCUGGCCGAGGAGAAGAAGAUCGCGCUGUCCAUCCGCGUGAAGCCCCUCUGCGUCGACGGCGUGGGUGCGUCCGCCCUCCGCCAGAAGGCCGAGGAGAUGUGGAACCUCAUCAUCAAGCUGGAGACGGAGAAGUACGACAUGGAGGAGAGGAUGAAGCGACAGGACUACGAUCUGAAGGAGCUUAGGGAACGUCAGAAGCAACAGCUCAGGCAAAAGGCCUUGAAGAAGGGUCUUGAUCCCGAGGCUCUCACCGGAAAACACCCGCCAAAGAUCCAGACCGCCUCCAAGUUCGAGCGACGCACAGACAGGAGGACUUAUGACGACAAGAAGAAACUUUUCGAAGGUGGCUGGGAAGUUGUACACAACGAGGAGCUGGAAAGGUACUGGAAGGACAAAUACGAAGAGUUUGUCAACAGGACGAAGUCCAAGCUUCCCAAGUG